AUGAAGAAGUACCGAUUCUUCACGAUCCCCGCGAAGCCAAAUGAUGAGCCGCGUAUCAUACUCCAGAAGCAAUGGCGAGCUCCCGUUGAUCAGACCGUCAUCGAGGUCCCCGCUGGCUUGAUGGACCCAGGCGAGACACCUGAAGCAUGUGCUCUACGUGAGCUAAAGGAAGAGACUGGAUAUGUGGGCGAGGUGGUGAAGGACAAGUCAUUCGACGUGGUCCUCGCUCUGCUCCGCACGAUCGUCAUGACACUCGCCUACGUUUUGUAUGGCUUCAUCCAAUCUCGGCAGUAUGCCUCUGUAAAGCACUGCCUUCAUGUCAUCGCGUCGAUCGCGAACCUCAUUUCAAUCGGCCGGCGCCGCAUUGACAAGGACAGCUUCUCUCCUGACACCAGACAGACCCGGGUUUUAUGUAACACAAAUUUGCGAAUGAUACACGUCACGGUUGAUCUCUCUCUAUCGGAGAACCAAGACCCCAAGCCAGAGCUUGAAGACAGCGAAUUCAUCGAGACUUUCCACGUACCAUUGAACGACCUUUGGGAUGUGUGUAUGAAGUUUGAAAAGGAAGGUUAUGCGAUCGAUGCAAGAGUUGGCAGUCUGGCUGAAGGAAUAGAAUAUGCCAAGCGCUGGAAAUUGUCAUGA